GGAAAUCAGCGGGAUCUUGCUCGUGAAAGGAAUUUGAAAAAGCAGUUGGAACAGAAGAAAAAGGCUGGAGCAGCUGCAAAAGAAGGGAAUGCGGGCCUUUCAACAGACGCAAGAAAGAUUCGUGAUGCUGAAGUGAUGCGAAUCAAACAAGAGAAGGCUGCAGCAAAAAAAGCCGCCGACGAUGCAGCAAAAGCUGCAGACGCGAAGAAGUUGACCAAAAUUGACCCGCUCAAGAUAUCGGAGUGA